AUGAUCUAUCAAAGUCUGGAUCCUCUAGACAGACGAUUGGCGGCACUAGAAACACUAGUCAGCACUUUGAUGGACGACACUUCUAAUUCUGUCCCCCAUUAUGGAAGACAAGGAGAGGAAGCUCAAUCCAAUGUUCUUGGACAGCCUGCCAUCCCAGGACAAGCCAAUCACGACUCGAUAAAAUGCUUGAUACACAACGAAAUCCCCUUCGGAAAGCUACUCGAAGACCUCGACAGUGCGUAUAUACGUGGCAGGUUGGGUACUGAUGCGCUGCAUGAGAAUCUAUGGGAGAACACAGACAGUGGUAGAUUGUUCCGAAAUUGGAUCAUCGAUAACGAGUAA